AUGGAUCGUGGAAAGGUAGUUGUCGACAGUGGGGUGUCAGUUGAGGUUACUAGUGGGUUACUUCCACACGAGAAGUUGAAGGCCGAGUUAGAGCUCUCUGAUUCGGAAGGCAUUCUGGAACCAAUGACUCCACUCAGCAUCUCUGAACGAGAUGAAGAAGACGAGGAUGUGGAAUCUGAGGUGGAACCUGGAGAAGACCCGGACGAGCAACCUGAAGAAGACCCAGACGAGGAACCUAAAGAAAACCCCGAGGAGGAACCCGAGGGAAAUCACAUGGAGUACCAUGUAGAACAAAGAUACGAAACAUUUCAUAUGCCCUAUGUAGAGUACACGCCAACUAGUCCUGGUACCUAUUGGGAGCGACUUUGUAAAGAUGAAAUGCCACAGGCACAACUCGAGAUUCACAGUCUGAAAAGAAAGAUUGAAGAGUUAGAUGAGCAUAGGUCAAGGAUCAUACAGAGGAACCAAAUAUGUGUUGAGGCUGCUAAGAAAAGUAAGCGCAAGAUAUGA